UUACCAUAUUCCCAUUACACCUUUUCCUUUCGUUAUAUAUGGAUAUAUUGCACCCAAGAAAAUUCCCAAUUCAUAAUUGGAAAAAAUAUUUUCGAUGCAGAAUUGUUACCAUCAAAUCCUACUCAACUAGCAACGACUUCAAAGGCAGUAAUAAAAUUAGACAGACAUCCUAACGAUACCAAUGGGAAAAUAUCAAAAUACUCAGCAUCUUUGAUCAACAUAAAAUUGAGAUCACGAAAUAAAUCUGCAGUACUUAAACCAAGAGUGCCCUCAAGUAUUCCAUCAUCUAUUACCAAACGAUCCACACCUCAUAAUAAUACCAUAAAAUCAAACGUUAACAAACUGACUAGAUCAGAUUCAUGUUUGCUGAGAGGUUUUAGACAAAAUAUCAGUAGACACGUCGUAGCACUUCCAUUACUCAACAAAAAAUUGUUCAAAAUACAGAAGCCUGUUUUGGAUGUUCAUAAAAAUUUUGAACAGACAAAGAAAAAACUUGAAGGAAUAAUUGCUUCCCAAAAAAAUAUCCCGAAGAUCUCGAUGGAUAUAUGCACGGACCAACAAUCUAAGAAAAACGUCAUUGUAGAACUUUUGGAUAGUAUCAUAAAGGAAGUGAAAAUUUCCUAUCCAUUAGAACAAAUGAAUAUCCUCAAAGGUGAAAAGACCGAACUAUAUGUCAUCAUCAAUAAGCAGCACAUCAAAGUUAAGGAGAUCGUAAGAAAUCGGCAAAUAUUGGUCAAUGAUAAAAAAGAUUCAUGUUUGAAACUUGAAGCACUCGAAGAGAAGCUCAAAGCACAAAAAAAGCUCAAUACAGAAGCUUGCCAGAUCAUUAGAAGUUUACAGAGAGACAUUGAAGAACAACGCUCCAACCACAAAAAAUAUAGUCACAUGCUUCAUGGUAUUAUCAAGGCAUUACUUAAAAGAAUGGAAGAGUUGGAAUUGAAUAUCGAAGUAGACAAAAAGAAUAUCGCUGAUCAUCAAACUCGAAUAAACAUGAGUAGUAAAGUUAUAAAAAAGAUGAAAAUAAAAAUUAGAGACUUAGAAAAUGACAAGAAAAACGCUAAAAGCCUCAAUACUCAUCUUAACAAAAAAUUGGAACAAUCAAAAUACCAGCUGAAGGUUCAAGAAAACAUGCUCCAAAAAUUGUCAGAUAAAUCGAUGUCCAAAUGUUUAAUCCAAAUAGCGCUUAGAGCUUUCUCUGAAAUUUUGAUGUAUAUCUAAAUCUCACCGUCAUAAUAAAUCUUAUUUUUUUUGCA